GAUGAAAAGCAGCAUGAAUAAGCGAAAGCAGAAGGCUCGCUAUCGCCGCAACGUGUUCACUUGGGGCUCGACGCUGCUCCUGUGUGCAACUGCCGGAGCGCGCGCAGUGGUAACGGGGUCUCCGAAGGCCGAUGUCGUGAGAGCUGGGCCUGGUACUGAAUACAAAUAUAUCUCUGGUACUGAAUACAAAUAUAUCUUGCACUUCUUCCGCCGCGUCUUUCCAAAACCAACAACUACCUAUUCAAGCUAUAAUGAGACUCCAGGGACGUAGAAGAAUAGGAGUCGAUAAGGGACAAUCUAAGGCUUAGAGUCGAACAGAUUUAAAUCAUCAUAUCUUGAUGCCCUAAUAUCGUACCCUAUCACCCACAAUAUUCGCAACUGAGCCUGGUAUAUGGAAGCCAGCGCAUAACGGAAGAUUUGUACAGGAAGGUGACAAAAACAAGUUGCUCUCAGAUGUAGCCCGAUAACCAACAGACACAGGAAGAGGUCGUUCGGUUUUGAUCUGGGAUUUUAUUUCAUAGCCUAACACUACGGCAUCGGCAUUUGUUGUCCCUCCGUUCUCCUUUUCAGGUGGCAGCAUGAAGCAAGG